AUGACUUCGCCAGAGAAAGGUGAAAGAACACGUUGUCGUUCAAGUGGAAAUAAGAGGAAGAGAUGCUGUGUCAAGGCAAUAUAUAAAAGGGAGAGAUUUGCAGUUUUGUGUCAAGAGCAAAGCAGAAAGUGUCAGUUUCAGACCAAGGAAGGGGGCAGGACGGUGCCUGUUCCAGACCCAUAUACCGCUGUUCCAGACCCAUAUACUGCUGUUCCAGACCCAGAUACAGCUGUUCCAGACCCAUUUACCGCUGUUUCAGACCCAUUUACCGCUGUUCCAGACCCAUUUACCGCUGUUCUAGACUCAUAUACCGCUAUUCCAGACCCAUAUACCGCUGUUCCAGACCCAUAUACCGCUGUUCCAGACCUAUAUACCGCUGUUCUAGACCCAUUUACCGCCGUUCUAGACCCACAUACCCCUGUUCCAGACCCAGAUACCGCUGUUCCAGACCUAUAUACCGCUGUUCUAGACCCAUUUACCGCCGUUCCAGACCUAUAUACCGCUGUUCUAGACCCACAUACCCCUGUUCCAGACCCACAUACCCCUGUUCCAGACCCACAUACCCCUGUUCCAGACCCACAUACCCCUGUUCCAGACCCACAUACCCCUUUUCCAGAUCCCAGACAGGGGCAUGUUGAGUAUGGUGUUCAGGAGAACCUCGUGGUUCUUUUAAACGCUAAACCUUCAACCGAUGGUUCAACCGAUGGUUCAACCGAUGGUUCAACCGAUGGUUCAACCGAUGGUUCAACCGAUGGUUCAACCGAUGGUUCAGCCGAUCGAGUACCUUAA